AUGAGUGAAUUUAGAGAUAAAUAAUCUAAAUUGAUUUUAGAAAUAGAAAAUGAAAAAUCACAUCAUCUAUAAUUAAAAAAAGAAAAUGAGAAAUUAACAUGUGAAUUCAAAGAUCAAGAAAAUAAAAUGUUGGAGCAAUUUGAAUAAGGAAAAUCACAACAAAUGCAAUUAUAAAAGGAAAAUGAAAAAUUAACACAUGAAUUUAAAGAAAAAGAAAUCAAAAUGUUGAAAGAUGUUGAACAUUAAAAACUACAAUAUUAACAAAUAUAAAAUGAAAAUGAUAGAUUAACUAAUGAAUUCAAAGAAAAAGAAACUAAAAUGUUGAAGGAAAUUGAAUAAGAACAGUUAUAAAAUAAGGAAUUAUAAAAGGAAAAUGAAAGACUAACAACGGAAUUCAGAGAAAGAGAAGCUAAAAUGUUAAAGGAAAUUGAAAAUGAAAAAUUGUCAUAUAUACAAUUAUAAAAAGAAAAUGAGACUUUAACAAAUGAAUUUAAAGACAAAGAAACUAAAAUUUUGUAAGAAAUUGACCAUGAAAAGAUUCAACAUUUGCAAUUAUAGAAAGAAAAUGAAAAAUUAACACAUGAAUUUAGAGAUAAAGAAUCUAAAUUGAUCUUAGAAAUUGAACAUGAAAAACUACAGCUUUUACAUUAAAAAAAAGAAAAUGCAAAUUAAAUAAAUGAAUUUAGAGAUAGAGAAACUAAAAUGUUGGAAGAAAUUGACCAUGAAAAGCUUCAACAUUUGCAAUUAUAAAAAGAAAUUGAAAAAUUGACAAAUGAAUUUAGAAAUAAGGAAUCUAAAUUUAAUUUAGAAAUAGAACAUGAAAAAUUACAACAUCUAUAAUUAAAAUAAGAAAAUGAAACUUUAUAAAAUUAAUUCAAAGAUUAAGAAAAUUAAAAUGUUGAAGGAAAUAGAACAUGA